AUGAACGUUUUUCAUGAAAAUAAUGAAAUUUAUGGAAAACAAAUAGUAAUUCUUCCUAUAUCAAGUGAGUUCGAAAAGGAAGAAUAUGAAAAGAAAGUAAGUAAAGCUACAAAUGUUAGAUUUUUGAAUUAUCCAGAUUCAACUAAUGGAUUAUUAACAUUUCAACCAUUAACAGAGGUUAGAUGCUUAGAUAUGCGAGGAAUUAAACUUACUGCUUUACCGCCAGAGAUAGGUCUCCUUACAAAUUUAGAAUAUUUAGAUAUUAGGGAUAACUGUCUUGAUUAUUUACCUCCAGAGCUUUCGGAAUGCUUAAAACUUAAAACUCUACUAUAUUCCGGCAACAGCCUAUUCUAUGUUUCUCAAAUUCAAGCUCUUAACAAUUUAAGACAGACAAAUCAAGCUGAAGAUUGCGCUCCACAGUUCAAAUGGGCUGUUCAGAACGGCCAGUUCUCCAUUAUCUCAUGGAAUAUCAUUGCUCAGCAUGAAGCUAAACAAUCUCGCUUUCAUUCCACGCCAGCACGUUAUUUAGCAUGGGAAUACAGAAUGGAGCACAUUUUGAACAUUGCCCAAAUGCUGAAGCCAAGUCUCUUUUGUUUACAAGAAAUCGAAGAAAAAUCUCUUCAUGAACUUACAGAAAGGAUGAGAACAAUUGGAUAUGGAUGUGUUUCAUCAUUUGGCACAAGAACAAGAAUUCCUGGUGCUCCACAUUCAGGAAUUGCGACAUUUUUCUUGACCGCAAGAUUAUCAGUGGAAAGAACUGUUACAAUUCAGUUUAGUGACCUUCCUGCAAAUGAACAGAUCACAAAACUGCAGCUCCUUGAAAAUGAUGCUAUUUUCCAGUUGUCAGUUGUCAGAUUACAGGGCCAAUCUUUUUAUUUGAUCCAUACUUCACUAUUUCCAAAUCAUUUCGACUCGAAGAUCAUAGAAGCACAGAUAAAUAUCAUCUUGGACAGAGUUAAAGAUCUUUCUGUUCAAAAAAUCAUUUGCGGAAGCUUUGGCUUUGAACCAAACUCAAAACCUUUCAAUCUCAUCAAAGCAAAUGACCAGUUUAAGUGCGUGAAUUAUACAACGCCUGAAUUUUUCACUCAAUGGGAGAACGACGAAAUGGUUAUUUCAGAUUAUAUCUUUGCCUCUUCUCAGAUGUAUCCAACCGGAAAUCUCGUAACAACAACUCAAGAAGAUGCAAAAAGUUACCAUCAUUUCAUGCCAAAUAACCAAUGGCCAUCAUCUCAUCUCCCUAUUGGAGUUCUAAUUGAUAUUAAGCUCAGCAACUAA